GCCCCAGCGAGCCACUUGGCGGGUACAGAGGCAGCUUCGUUCCCGGCAGCUUCUCCCCCUGCACGGCCGCAGCGCUUUCCUGGCAGCUCCGCGGCCGCCGCUCCUCCUCCCGCGCCGCCCCCCUUUCCUCCCCAGGGCCGGCGGGGCGGGGCUCUUUCCUUUCACGCCGGCCUCGGUUUCGAGUAGCCGCUUCUGCCAUCACCUCCGCGGCCAAGAGUCCCAGGAAAUGCCCGCCGCCCCCCGCUUCGAGUCCCAGAGCGAGGACGACCUGGAGCCCGAGACCCCGAUGGAGCCCGACGCCGCUCCGCACCACGCCGGCCCCAAAAAGAGCAAGAAGAAUAAAAAAGAUAAAGCAGAAAAGCAGAAACGGAAAAAGCAUACAUUAGCCGAGACUGAAUUACUGGAUUUGGAGUUGGAGCCACCAAAAGCAAAGAAAAUUAAAAAAAAGAAAGAAAUGGCUGUUAAAAAUGAAGAUGGAAUUUCGGAAUGCAAUUCAAUAUCUCACAUGAGUAAUGGGGUAAAGCACUCAAAAAAGGAGAAGAAUUCUUGUGAAGAUUCACAUAUAGAAUGUGGAAGUGAUCAAGAUGAGGAACUAACAGCAGAACAAAAGGAAGGUGCUUUUAGCAAUUUUGAUAUCUCUAAAGCAACCCUUGAUCUUCUGAAAGCUCGUGGUGUCACCCACCUGUUUCCAGUACAAGUGAAGACUUUCAAGCCAGUAUUUGAAGGCAAAGAUGUAAUUGCCCAAGCUCGGACAGGAACAGGGAAAACAUUCUCCUUUGCCAUUCCAUUAAUUGAAAAACUUGAUAGAGAUCCACAGGAAAGAAAAAGAGGCCGUUCACCAAAGGUAAUUAAGUCACAAUGAAAUUACAAACUUGAG